AUGACGGGUAUAAAGAGUGAGGAAGGCCCCGAGAUGGUCUCAUUCAAAUCAUUCACCUUCCAAACAAUUUCGAUCAAAAACCAGUUACUAGUCCCUGCUUUUACUAUCAACAUGGCCGACCGCGUGAAAGUUCGCUAUACCUACCACACUAUUGAAGACUUUCAACAAUUCAACAAGCAACUGAGGGAAAUCAUCCAGCAGGACACUGGCGAGGAGGCCUGGAUCGAAACCAAGUCGCUGCCUCCCAUUGGGUUUUCCCCACCCCUCAGUGCUGAAGGUGUUCAAAAGCUGAAGGGACUUUCUGGCGUGAGAAUCGAAGAAAUUCCGGACUACGAAUGA